GUAAUUUUCAUCUGGAGACGAGAGCGAGGUUUCUUCAGAUUCCUUCACAUCCACACAGUGAGAAUUACAGAGAGAAGUCAGAUCAAGAUGCCUAAAGGUUCUAAGAAGAGAAGACCAGAGAGAAAGAAAAAGGGUCAGAAACUAAACAAUGAGGAUGUUACUGCUUGUACAACUUCUGGAGACAGUGAAGAAACGGUUUUAAUUGGGGAAACCAACAAUAACGGACCCAAGAAAGAGCCAAGCAUAGCUCCGUAUGUUAUUGUAGUCCAUGGACCUCCCAAGGUUGGGAUUUGGGAAAUACUUGUUGAUUGAUUCUCUAAUCAACUAUUAUACUUCAAAAAAUCAUACCAAACGUAGGAAAGACCAUUAUAACAGGAUCAGGUAACCGGAGACGGAUACAGUUUGUGGAGUGUCCCAAUAAUAUGAAUGGCAUGAUUGAUGCUGCAAAGUAUGCAGACGCAGUGAUGUUGCUCAUUGACGCAAAAUAUGGGUUUGAAAUGGAAACAUUCGAGUUCCUUAACCUCUUACAAGUUCAUGGCGUACCAAAGGCCAUGGGGGUGCUUACAUAUCUUGAUAAGCUAAAAGAUGAAGACAGACGUACGACGACCAAAACGCGCCUCAUGCAAAAAUUCAGGGAAUAUAUAUAUGAAGGAGCACAUAUAUUCUGCUUGUCUAGUUUCCAUGACGAUAAGUAUCAGGAGAGUGAUAUUGAAGAGUUGGCUGACUUUCUAUUGAUUGAGGAAUUUCCUAUUUUGCCAUGUCGUGCUAAACAUCCUUAUAUGCUAGUUGAUCGUCAUGAAGAUGUGCCUUCUUCUUCAGAAGCGCAUGUGGUUGACAAUGGCAAGAGAAAUGUGAUUUUGCACGGUUAUCUUCGAGGUUGUGACAUCAUGAAAGGAACUAAGGAAACAUUCGAGUUCCUUAACCUCUUACAAGUUCAUGGCGUACCAAAGGCCAUGGGGGUGCUUGCAUAUCUUGAUAAGCUAAAAGAUGAAGACAGACGUACGACGACCAAAACGCGCCUCAUGCAAAAAUUCAGGGAAUAUAUAUAUGAAGGAGCACAUAUAUUCUGCUUGUCUAGUUUCCAUGACGAUAAGUAUCAGGAGAGUGAUAUUGAAGAGUUGGCUGACUUUCUAUUGAUUGGGGAAUUUCCUAUUUUACCAUGUCGUGCUAAACAUCCUUAUAUGCUAGUUGAUCGUCAUGAAGAUGUGCCUUCUUCUUCAGAAGCGCAUGUGGUUGACAAUGGCAAGAGAAAUGUAAUUUUGCACGGUUAUCUUCGAGGUUGUGACAUCAUGAAAGGAACUAAGAAUUUCUGUGCUUGUAUACAGAGCUCAUAAACUGAAGAACGAGAAGAAACGAAGUUCACAAAAUAGAUAAUAAUGCUAAGAUGAAGACAGACGUACGACGACCAAAACGCGCCUCAUGCAAAAAUUCAGGGAAUAUAUAUAUGAAGGAGCACAUAUAUAAGUUGCUCAAGUCCUUAACUAGAGCCAAGAGGUACAUAUUGCUGGUGUUGGUGAUUACCAUUUAGCUGAUGUUACAAUCUCAGCUGACCCCCUUUACACCUGGCAUCCAUGAACUCAAGAUUAUGCAGAUUAACAUGGAUGAAAACAAUCUUGAUGAUGAGAUUGAGAGUUUCAGAGUAGGGACUUACUUAACGUUUAAGGUUCUUGGGGUUCCUUUUGAGAUGGUUGCCAAUCUUGAUUCCCAUCAACCUAUUCUCAUAGGAGGUAUCUGUCCUGCAGAAAAAACUGUUGGAUACAUGCAGGCAAGACUUGAGCAACACUGUUGGCUUCUUUGAAGACCAAAGAUCCGAUCAUUGUUUCAGUUGGUUGGAGAAGGUACGAAACUAUACCUAUCUAUACCCAAGAUUGCGGGGGAUGGCACAAAAUGCUCGAAUAUACACCUGCAGCCGAAUCCUGCAUUGCAAUGUUUUGGGCCCUCUUGCAUCUUCCGGUUCUGGAGUUGUUGCUGUACGGAGUUUGGCUGACAACAAGGCAGCAUUUCGGAUUUUAGCAAGAGCAGUUGUACUCGAUUACCAUGAUGUGGAGAUACGGAAGCAAAUCAUGUGGACUGGAGAUUUGUACUGGAAGCAAAUCCAAGUUAAGGUUCCUCGCAUCUUCAACCUGCCAACGGCAGUCCUGGAACGUAGAGACGGUGUUUGGCAAAGCAUGGAUUCAGUCGAGAAGGCACAUGUUUUAGUGAUAUACAAGAACAAGAUAGCACCAGAGCCCACGAGAACAAGGCUUAUAGAGUUACUCGGCGAGAAGCUCAAGGAUGAUCCGGCCAAGGCGCGGGGGAAUCCUGAACAACGGCGUGCAGUGCUCACUUUCCAAGCGAUACCUGCUACUUGGGGGGUCUAAGUUGCGUGAGGAGUGUGUGAAGGAGAGACUGAAGGGUUUCAAUAAAAGAAAAGAAGACGACGAAUCCUUUGUCCAUGAUUUCAACUGUGUGACAGAAACAGCUGGAGAAGAGAGGGAUAGAGAGCUACUAUUCCAUGGUUAUGUUUCAGGAUUCCCUUGAGUAUUUCCAUUGUAUCCAUUGCCUCAUCUAUGGUUGUCUGAUGCCAUGACCACAAACUCUUAAGUUUGGCUAACUAUUUAGUUUUUAUUCAUCAUCUAGGGUUGUAUGAUGACUAAUUCCUAGAGUUUGUUUUUUUCAGUUUGUAUUAUACAUGUAUAGCAAACUCUUCGCAGUAUGUCUCAUUAGAUUUGAUCAUCAAUGUCAAGUUGGCUGUGCUGACAUGGAACCUAAAGCUCUUGGGUGUGACAA